AUGCCACUUCAAAAGCGUAGAAGAUCUUCAAAUGGCGAUGUCAGAUCAUCUCCAAUAGCCUCGUCUCUUCCACCGUCUUCGCCCCCACCGCCUUCCUCUCCGCCGCAAGAUCCUUUCAGUGACGUUGACGACGACGACGUGGAUGGUUUGCUCGGCGAGCCCGACGACGGCGAAGAUCUAUUCGGCGAUGAUAUGACUGGCGAUUACAAUAACAACAAUAACCUUGAUUACUACGAUCCUGAUCAGAUCGACGAUGACCACUUUGACGCGUUAGAUCCUUCCACCCGCAGAGCUGUUGAGGCUAAAUUGGAGAGACGUGAUCGUAAACAGGCUGGUCUUCACAACCCCAAAUCUCGCGCUAAAAUUCCUGCUUUCUUGCAAUCAGACCAUGACGACGAUCCCGAUAACAGAUUGCUCGUACAGAGAAGACGUCGUCGCCACUACGAUGAGCGUCCUGAUGUCGACGACGUCGACAACGACGACGAUGAAAUUCCUCUCGAGAAUCUUGGCGACGUCAAAGCUGCUUCUCUUAACGAAUGGCUCAACGCUGACAACGUCAGGCGCAGCGUGGCCAAGUAUUUCCGUAAUUUCAUCAUGACCUAUACUGAUCAACACGGCUCCUCCGUCUAUGGCCAGCGUAUCAAAUCCCUCGGUGAGCAGAACUCUGAAUCCCUCGAAAUCUCCUACCUCCACCUCCUCCAAGACAAGCCCAUCCUCGCUUCCUUCCUCAUCAACGCACCCCACGAAACCCUCAGAAUCCUCGAUGACGUCGCUCUCGACGCUAUCCUACUCUACUACCCCGACUACGAGCGUAUACACAGUGAAAUCCACGUCCGCGUCACUGAAUUGCCUACCGCCAAAACCCUGCGAGACCUCCGCCAAGCCGACCUCAACCAGCUCGUUCGUGUCUCUGGUGUCGUAACUCGUCGUUCAGGUGUCUUUCCUCAGCUCAAAUACGUUCGUUUCAACUGCACUAAAUGCACUACCACCCUUGGUCCUUUCUACCAGGAUGGCAGCAAAGAGAUAAAAAUUUCCUUCUGUUCCAACUGCCAGAGCAAGGGUCCUUUCGUUGUCAACAGUGAGCAGACUGUCUACCGAAACUACCAAAAGAUGACUCUGCAGGAGUCGCCGGGCAGUGUACCAGCCGGCCGACUCCCACGUCACCGUGAAGUUAUCCUCCUAUGGGACCUCAUCGACAAUGCAAAACCUGGUGAGGAGGUGGAAGUGACGGGGGUAUACCGUAACAAUUUCGACGCCUCCCUUAACACCAAGAAUGGUUUUCCAGUAUUUAGCACGAUAAUUGAGGCUAACUAUGUAAACAAGCGGGAGGAUGAGUUUGCUGCCUUCAGACUAACCGAGGAAGAUGAGCGUGCAAUUCGUCAUUUAGCGCGGGAUGAGCGGGUGCGCAAGCGAAUCAUCAAGUCAAUAGCGCCAUCUAUAUACGGUCAUGACGAUAUUAAGACGGCUAUAGCUUUAAGUUUAUUCGGAGGAGUCAGCAAAGAUGUCAACCGAAAGCAUAGGAUACGUGGUGACAUUAAUGUACUUCUGCUAGGUGAUCCAGGUACAGCUAAAUCGCAAUUCCUCAAGUAUGUUGAAAAGACAGCACAUCGCGCCGUUUUCACAACGGGACAGGGUGCGUCGGCUGUGGGAUUAACUGCGAGUGUGCGUAAGGAUCCUAUGACGCGUGAAUGGACACUGGAGGGAGGUGCGUUGGUACUAGCCGAUAAAGGUACCUGUCUUAUCGAUGAGUUCGACAAGAUGAACGACGCUGAUCGUACUUCUAUCCAUGAGGCAAUGGAGCAGCAGAGCAUCAGUAUUAGCAAGGCGGGUAUUGUUACUACUCUACAGGCACGCUGUGCCGUUAUCGCCGCAGCUAAUCCCUUGCGCGGUCGCUAUAACCCUACUAUACCUUUUGCUGCGAAUGUGGAACUCACUGAACCUAUUCUCUCACGUUUUGAUGUGCUCUGCGUGGUAAAGGACACAGUCGACCCUAUUGUAGAUGAGAUGCUCGCCAAGUUCGUAGUCGGUUCUCAUCUACGCUCCCACCCAGAUUUCGAAGCGGAAGUAGACGAGAAUGAUGUUGGUACAAGUGUGGAUGCCGAGAUUAUUGAUCAGGGUGUCUUGAAGAAGUAUAUAAUGUUCGCUCGCGAGAGGUGUAAGCCUAAACUGCACCAACUUGAUCAAGACAAGCUGGCGAGGUUAUACGCUGACCUACGCAGGGAGAGUCUGGCUACAGGUUCGUUCCCCAUCACCGUCCGUCAUUUAGAAAGUAUGAUCCGUAUGAGUGAGGCUGCUGCUCGUAUGAGUCUACGUGAAUUCGUUCGCGCUGACGAUAUCGAUCUCGCUAUUCAAGUCACUGUCGGCAGUUUCGUUAGUGCGCAGAAGACUUCUGUCAAAAAGACACUCGAGAGGGGCCUGCGCAAAUACGUUCACCAGGCUAAGGAUUCAGAGGAACUACUUGCUUUCCUCCUGGGUCAGCUAGUCAAGGAGCGCGUGAGAACGUGGCGUGCACACCACCUCACCGAUCCUGAGACUGUACAUGUGCCUUUGAAGGACCUUGAGAAUAGGGCAAACGAUGUGGAGGUGUACGAUGUCUCCCCCUUCCUCUCUUCGAAGCUUUUUCUGGCGAAUGGAUACAGAGUCGUCGACGGCGCGGUUGAGAAGGUGUUCAGGACGCGUGACGAGUGA